AUGUACAAGCUGUACAACGCGUCAACGGCCACCACGAACGUGUCGCCCACGUACGCCCGCCGCGUCAUCUUGACCGAGCUCACGUCGAUCGAGUACGCCGUGCCGCAGCUGCGGGCCGUGUCGGUCGCGUGGUCGAUGCGCAUGAACGUGCAGCACUGCUGGCUCGACUUUAACCAGACGUUUGAGAUUGCGCACACUGAAGGCCGUCAACAGCGCUGCAAGGACCAGUUUGCGACCAACGGCGCCGUGUACCUCGAAGCUAUUUUGCGCAAUGUGGUGUGGGCCGACUACAUGGCGAUGUGGGGCGGUGUCAACAGCCGAUUCGCGGUCACAUAUGGGCUGGCACUGCAAGAGACGGCGCCCGGGCAGCGCUUCUUGGACAUUGUGUCGCAGGCGCGCGCGACGACCACUGUUCUCGACGAGCUCGCGUACUGGCGGAGCUACAAGCUCAACCGGUUUCAGCUGCAGUGGCAGAACCGGUGGCAGAGUGGGAUCACCGAGUCGGUCGCGCUCCAAAACGCGCUCGGACUGACGCAGUUUGUGACGAUCAAGAACUUCCCCCAGGGAACGGGACCCUGGACGACAUUUGCGCUAUAUUGGAUGCCGCUGAACGACCUCACCCUCGGCAAGUACAUGAACCGCAGUUUCGUGCACGGCUCGUCGCGCUACUACGCCACGAACCUCUCGGCGACCUUGCCGCCACGGGACCUCGAGGUCAUUCACGGCAUCACCAAGGUCUCCGGUCAGUUCUUCAACCAAACCAAGCUCUUUCGGACCGUCGUUGGACCCUUCUUGAGUGUCGACUGCCUGUACCCGAGUGUCCCUACGUCGCUCACGCAAGCGUACUUGGCGGCGCGCGCGCUUCUUCUGGCCUCGUUUGGUGGCGUCGAUGGUAUCCGUAAAGCGCUGCCCACAGCAGCUCUGAGCUUGACGCCAUUAACGUGGCGCGCCAACGAUGCGUUCUACGGCGGGAACCCCAUGUGCACACUGCUACCGCGCACAGCGUACGUCCAGCAGUCGUUUGAUUUUUUCGACGAUUGCGCCAAGGCCAAGCCACUGACGCUGACGUUGGAUCCGUUGCUGCUCGUCCUCGCCCGCGCCGUCAACAACAACGCCGCAAUUCCCGAUGUUUGCGCUGUGACGUCCCCGGCGACAGCUUGUGUUGCUGCCGUCACAGCUGCGGACCAGCUCUUGGAGUCUUUUGCGCUGGACUGGAAUACCUCGGUUGCAAAUGAGAUUGGGCUAAACAUUGGCUUGAUGCAGUACGCUACUGCAGCCAAUGGCUCGUGGGUCGUCCUCCAACAACCUCUGCUCGAGCCCUCGUUUGCGUUCUUUGGCUACGUCUUUCUCUUUGACUGGGUCCUCGGCAACCGCGAAGUCGUGUCGUUUCAAGGAGACAGUGGCAAUCUCACCUUGAUGUCGAAUGUCUAUAGUCCACAGCUGUACACGACGGGGACGCAGCCGCUGCAGUCUGCGACCCAGAUUCUCUACUACCUUGUGGUCGCCACCUCGGUGAUUCUUGUGGGCGUUGGUGGGAUAGCACUAAUGUAUGCGGUCAAGACCCGGCUGCGGUUCAACGGUUUGAACCUCUUCUUCUUCAACCGGAUUGUGGGGGCUGUCUGGAUCGGUCGACCGCUGGCUUUUCUACGAGGCGCGUCGGCCAUCUUGCUGCUGAGCUCGGCCAACGCAUCGCUUGAGACAUCUUCCUCUGGCGCAUCGCGGUUCGUGGCGACGCCUCGGAGCUGGUUGGAAGCCAUUGUCGUGACCGGUGAGGCCACGUGGCUCACGUACGUCGCCAACGAUAUUCUCGUGCUUCUGACGCGAGACCACACCAAGCUGACACGGGCACCGCUGGCAGGCACUUUAGCGGUCCAAGCUGCCUACUACAACAUUACACCGCUGGAUAUUUCGUACCCCGUGCCCGGGGCAUGGCUGGCGCUGCCGUACCCGGCGUCCUAUGGCGGGUCGCCGCUGUGCCCCGACAUAACAGCGUCGCGGCUCAUGACCGCAGGGCUCUUCGCCAUCGUCUCGUACGACGCUAUUUGUCUCUCGGCGUCCGGCACGACGGCGCGCAUCCAACCUACGCGGCAACACUACGUUUUGAGUGCGCUCAUGGCGCAGCUCGACAGCAGCACCAACAUGACGCGCGUGUGCGCCCACGACGUGGCGUACGUCCUGCAGUGUGCCGUGUACCUUCGGUCGACGGUAUCCUACAUCAAUUCCUACGUGCCCCAAUCAGAGGCGGUCCGCGCUUCGAUCCUCGACAUACGCGACACGGUGCGCGCGCUCGACAUUUCAUUUUUGCUCUUUUUCCGCGACAAUGCGACGACGCCCGUGCUCCAGCUGCAGUCUCGCAAGCUCCUCGACCCGAGCGAAUCAAACUUUGAGUUUUUUGCUUGGCUUUACCUCUACGACUGGGUGCUGGGUAUUCGCGAAGUCAUUUCGUUUCAAGGCGACACGGCAAGCCUGACGCUCAUCACCGACUACCAACCGCCGCUCUCACAGGCCACCCAGGCAUGGCAAGUCCCAAGCAACAUCGCGCGGUAUUUACGAGCGGGCGUCCUCUACGUCACGGGUGUCAUGAUGGCGAUUGCGGGGCUUGCGACUGUUUACAUAAUGAUCAGCCACGGCGCCCUCGAAGGCUGGAACAUGCUCGAGCUCGGCCGCGUGGGUGGUAUUGUCUGGGUCGGUCGGCCGUUCUUGCUGCUUCGGAGUGUGACCGCCAUGGUGGUCCUCUCGACAGCCACACUGCAGUUGCAGAAUUCGGGCUAUUUAAGCUACUUUGUCACUGUUCGAGAUCCGUGGUACAAGACAUUAUUGGCGGCCAACGAAGUCACGUGGCUGAUUACGAUCGUCAAUGACAUUCUUCUCGUCUUUACUGGCCAAUACGCGACGCAUUAUGCGAUGCUCAACGGUCUCCUGGUGUGGGUCGCGGCGGCGCUGCUGACCAACUUGGCACCCGUGACAGCGACCACUUCGAUCGACCUUGCGUGUGUCUCUGAGCAGGUCGACGCGCAAGCGGCGUGCACGUCUGGAUCCAUCCAGAUCGGGAGUCUUUUGCGCAUGGCGAUCCUCGUCGGUACCGUCUUGGGCUCGCACGGCAUUUGCUACCUCGUGGUCAAGUGCGGCGUCCGCACAACAACGUCAGUCCCUAUGGCAUCGCUCUUCCUCACCUCGGGCGCCAAAUUUCUGUUUGAGCAAACGCAUUGGACGUACAAGAAUGUCUACUACCUCGAUCGGUCGUCCGCCGUGCUCGUCGGUCUCCUCACGCUUCGCGUCGGCGCAAAUAUGGUCGUGCUCGACAUAAAGAUCUGGCGGCUUUUUGUGCUACCGCUGCGCAACGAUGGGAGCACACCACUUGCACUCCGGGCAGGAAUUCCUCUCUUGGAUGCUCUCUAAAGUUAAAGCGUACUAUACAUUUUGCAUGUACUCAAUGUUGAUGAAUAAAACUGAUUUAAGUUUG